AGCUGUAUAUACACACAGACACAGUACUCAACACCAACAACACUCUUCUUAGAAUCCAUUCCAUUAUCAAGAGUUGUUUGGUUAAUUUCCCUCCCUUACCAGCUACUCCCGCCUCCUCUUCCAUUUGAAAUCCCCCAGAAAGAAAGUUGUUAUCUUUGGCUACCUAGUGACCGUUAAUUUUCAAUUUUAAUUUUACAAUGGCGGCACUGCCUCUGUUUGAUUGUCAUUACGACAUAAACGUGGUCUGUAACGAUGGAGAAGCAGUCUUACAGCAACAACAGCAGCAACAACGGCGGCCAAUAGUGACGACGAAUGAUAAAUUCAUAGCCUUUCAUGUCAACUUUCGCCACAUACUCCUUGAUAUCCACCGCCUCAUCGACAGUCGUCACUACUAUACGGUGGUUCCUUUUGCCCAAUACUUAUCUGAUUAUUUAGCAAUCACUGAAUAUAUUCUGGCUGGAGUAAUGGGCACCCCUUCCAUCCAAAUCCCAUCUUCAUUAACUUCACGAAUUGCUACUGCUUACGUUUUGCCCAUAAUUCAUGAUUAUUAUUCUAAUAACUCCCAAGCUUUGGGUCUCAAUAUCUGUCUCGAUAUCACUGCCCUAACUGCUAGUAUUGAAUACCAACACCAACAACAACAAGAGCAAAAUCAGGAGAAUAUAAAUAUUAAUGUCAAUAUUCCUGCAGCGAAAGACUCCGUAAGGGCUCUCAAGGAGUUAAACGAUGUGGGUUUGAUGAGUAGUUGCAAUUGUACCAUAUGUUUCGAGAAGAUGGUGCCGUCGUUGGGUGAUUCGUGUGAUGAUGAUGAUGAUGAUGAGAUUGAGAUGAGCAGCAGAGUGGUUGUUGAGAUGCCUUGUUCUCAUGUGUUUCACAAGGAUUGUAUUGUUCGAUGGUUGGAGACCAGUCAUUUCUGCCCUUUGUGCCGUUACUCAAUGCCCACUGCCAAUUGAUUUCAUCCUCUUCAUCCUAAUCCUAAUCCUAAUCCUAAUCAUAAUCAUAAUAUUACCGUUGUCUAUAGCUACCUACUAUACAUACUGAUCAAUUUUCAAUACUAUAUCUUUGUGUAAUUUUCAAUUUUGUCAUGAUUAACACAUGAAUUGUUCUAAUAUUAGUCCUUUUCUAAAGGGAAGAUGAUAGUGAAAUCUUUUAUUGGACAA